AUGGCGAAGUCUGCUAUGUUGCAGGUCACAGCCAUGGUUGCGAGGAUAGCCCUCCAGGCUCCACGGAACUGCUCCAACGCGGCACUAUGUGUCGCGGCUGGCCUCUUGCCAGCAGACUUAGAGCUUAAGACUAUCACAGCCGUAAGGCUGUCCGCACUUGGCUGUGCGAGGGCCCUAGACCAAACGCUCAUGGUCGAAGGUCUGACUCUAACUGAGAAUCACGAUAGUCUGGACAAGGUCCAGCACUGGCGGGGUUUGCCAGUCUCACCUUGGCACCCCUGGGUCAAGACUGCCAUCCGGGAGAGAGAGGAAGCCAAGAGCUAUGCGCAGGCGGCUCUCCUCUCCGGAAAUGCCAUCUUUGCCGAUGGCUCG